AUGCGUCCCCAGGGCCUCAGGAACUUCUUGCUGCUGGCGUCCCUCCUUCUCUUUGCUGGGCUGUCAGCUGUUCCUCAAAGUUUCUCGCCAUCUCUGAGGAGCUGGUCGGGCGCCACCUGCAGGCUGUCGCGGGCCGAGUCGGAGCGCCGGUGCCGCGCGCCAGGGCAGCCGCCAGGGGGCGCGCUGUGCCACGGCCGGGGCCGGUGCGACUGCGGCGUGUGCAUCUGCCACGUGACCGAGCCGGGCACGUACUUCGGGCCCCUGUGCGAGUGCCACGACUGGGUGUGCGAGACCUACGACGGCAGCACCUGUGCAGGCCAUGGGGAGUGUGACUGUGGCAAGUGCAAAUGUGACGAGGGAUGGUCUGGAGACGCCUGCCAAUACCCAACUCACUGUGACCUGACAAAGAAGAAAAGUAACCAGAUGUGUAAGAAUUCUCAAGAUGUCGUCUGCUCGAACGCAGGUACAUGUCACUGCGGCAGGUGUAAGUGUGAUAAUUCAGAUGGAAAAGGACUCGUUUAUGGUAAAUUUUGUGAGUGUGAUGAUAGAGAAUGCAUAGACGAUGAAACAGAAGAAAUAUGUGGAGGCCACGGGAAGUGUUACUGUGGAAACUGUUACUGCGAGGCUGGUUGGCAUGGAGAUAAAUGCGAAUUCCAGUGCGAUAUCACCCCCUGGGAAAGCAAGCGAGGCUGCACAUCUCCAGAUGGCAAAAUCUGCAGUAACAGAGGUCAUGGACAGUGUAACUGUGGAAGAUGUGACUGCAGAGUGGGCUGGUAUGGGAAGAAGUGUGAGCACCCACGAUCCUGCCCGCUGUCGGCUGAGGACAGCCUCAAGAAGUGUCAGGGAAGCUCUGAUCUGCCUUGCUCUGGAAGGGGUAAAUGCGAAUGCGGAAAAUGCACCUGCUACCCUCCAGGAGACCGCAGGGUGUACGGCAAGACCUGUGAGUGUGACGACCGCCGCUGUGAGGACCUCGAGGGCGUGGUCUGUGGAGGCCACGGCACGUGUUCCUGUGGCCGCUGCGUUUGUGAGAGCGGGUGGUUUGGGAAGCUCUGCCAGCAUCCGCGGAAGUGUGACAUGACGGAGGAACAAAGCAGGAGUCUGUGUGAAUCAGCAGAUGGCAUAUUGUGCUCAGGGAAGGGUUCUUGUCAUUGUGGAAAGUGCAUUUGUUCUGCUGAAGAAUGGUACAUAUCCGGGGAAUUCUGUGAAUGUGAUGACCGCGACUGCGACAAACACGAUGGCCUCAUUUGUACAGGGAAUGGAAUAUGUAGCUGUGGAAACUGUGAAUGCUGGGAAGGAUGGAAUGGCAACGCGUGUGAAAUCUGGCUUGGCACAGAAUAUCCAUAA